AAAAUACCUUUAAAAAUCUGAAUAACCCAGCCUUGAAAACCUGUUGGUAUUUUGCAGUAUUUUGCAUCUUUAUUGUGUUGUAUAUAAAAAGAAUUCCGCUUCUUUUAUCAAGUUAUUUAUCAUUAUUGAUGAAAGAAAUAUAUUAAUUACUCUCUGAAUUGAAUUUCAGUGCGUAAAAAAAAUUCGCUAAUGUGAUAUGUACUUAUAGUGAGCUUUCGUUACAUUUGUUGUCGCAUUUUUCUGAUUGAAAUUUGCGAUCUUUAAUUAAAUUUUAAACUUGCUAGGAAUUAAUAUGUUGUAGUAUAAAUUACGAAAAUGCGAGCUGAUUUAACGAAACGUGUUAUUACUUUUUGUACUUUUUUUAUUUGUUGUGGCUGUUUAGCUUUAAUAUCUGCAUCACUUGCUACACAAAAAUGGAUUGUGGCUAAACCUGUGAAAGUUGGGUUACCUCCAAGUAUUAGCAAUGCAACUGCUGGUGAUCAUACGAAAUUUCGUGGGGAUUUACAUUUUGGAUUGUUUGAAGGUUCCAAAACACUGAAUCAUGGAUUUGGUGACAGAAAAACCCAUAUAUGGGUUCAACAGGAAAUGGGCAAGAAUCCUCAACUUUUCAUUUUCAGUUUGUGGCUGUUAACUAUAAUGAGUUUGGCACUUGCUAUGCUGUUUGCAUUAGUAAGUGCCGUGUUUGCUGUCAUCAAUACUGUUGUAACUCCUGUUGAAGUCAUCACAGGUAUAGCUGGUCUAUAUCUUUGGAAUGGUCUUGGAGCAUUAUUUUCUGCUGCCAGUGUCCUAACUUGGGUUGGUCAGUAUUAUGCAAGGUUAAAGCAGAAUGUCAUGACGAAAGAGGAAAUCGAACAACAAUGGAAAUCUGAAGAUUUAGCUUGGUUUGGUUUUAGUUUUUGGUUUGCUGUAGUAUCCUGUGUUUUGUUCUUUUUAAAUAUAGUUCUCACGAGUUUAGCAGUCAGGCAGCCGUGGGAGAAAAGAAAACCAAAACUCAACAUGAGCAAAAACCCUGAGGGUGUUAUUAUGUUAUACUAAUGUUCCUUCUCAAUGAUGAACAAUGAAAUUGAAUUAAUACAUUCCAAAUGUAUACUUAGUAUAUUGAAUGUAUUCAUUUUAUAUUAAAAUAUGCACUAACUAUUUACCAUAUUUUUACUAACCCAAUGCCAAAUCAAGUAUUUUCAUGUAAUAUUUA